CCCUUUAUAAUUUAUUUUUCCUGUAGUAGUUUCAUGGAUCUAAAGUAAGGAACAAAAAGUGACUAAUCACCCUAGAUAUCAACAACUCUUUUUCUCACAAUCUCUAUUCUCCAUCUCUCUCAAUCUUUCAAAUUCCUUAGAGAAAAAAAAAAACCAAGAAUGGCACUAAGUAAUAAUGUGAUAGGUUGUAUUAACUUUGUAGCCAUGUUACUUUCAAUUCCAGUAAUUGGUGCUGGAAUUUGGCUAGCAAUGGAACCUGACAAUUCUUGUGUCAAAAUUCUACAAUGGCCAGUAAUUAUAUUAGGAGUUCUUAUUUUAGUUGUAGCACUUGCUGGUUUUAUUGGUGGAUUUUGGAGAAUUCCAGCAUUAUUAAUUUUCUACCUUAUUGCUAUGCUUAUUUUAAUAAUAUUGCUAGCAUGUUUGGUUGUAUUUAUUUAUAUGGUUACUAUUAGAGGGUCUGGUCAUAUGGAACCAAGUAGAACAUAUUUGGAAUAUCAUCUUGAAGAUUAUUCUGGUUGGCUUAGAAGAAGAGUUCAAAGUUCAUUCAAAUGGGAUAGAAUUAGAACUUGUCUUAGCUCUACAUCAAUGUGUGCUCAAUUGAAUCAAAGUUAUAAGAUGGCUCAAGAUUUUUUUAAUGCACCUUUAAGUCCUUUGCAGUCAGGGUGUUGUAAGCCACCAACACAAUGUGGUUACACAUUUGUGAACCCAACAUAUUGGAUUAGUCCAAUAAAUAAUGCAGCAGACAUGGAUUGUUUGAAUUGGAACAAUGACCAAACACAACUUUGUUACUCUUGUGAUUCUUGCAAAGCUGGAUUAUUGGCUAAUUUGAAGAAAGAAUGGAGAAGGGCUGAUAUUAUUUUGCUUAUAACUCUUGUUGGAUUAAUUUGGGUUUAUUUGAUUGGGUGUUGUGCUUUUAGAAAUGCCAAAACUGAAGAAAUAUUCCGCAAGUACAAACAAGGAUAUGCUGAUAAUUAACAUGUAAUUUAUUUAAGCCGGAUUCAGAGUUUAGAAUCGAUGUGAUUAUAUUAUAUGUAUGCUACUUAAAUGUUGUUUUUUCUCCCAUUAGUAAUACAUAUUUUGAAUUGAAAAUAGUGAGUUUAGUUGAACUCGCCCUAAA